AUUUUUUUGAAUGCAUAUAUAAAGGAUCGAUUGAAAUCGUCUUCAUCUUCUUUUUUUCGUUUUCAUUCAUAAGCAAUCUUUUUUUCCUUUCAAUCUUAUCCAUUUUAACAAAAAUCUAAUAGACCAAAAUGACUGUCUUUGAUUCUCAAUCCGAACUUACUGGUGUCAACUUGCGUAAGUCUAUCAUGGCUCGUUUGGCCGAGUUAACCACCGAUUUGGAACCUGGAGAAGAACUCAUCUUGAAGGAUAACACCAGACGUUUCUGUCUUUUCCCUCUCAAGUUCCACGAGAUGUGGGAAAUGUACAAGAAGCACGAAGCUUCUUUCUGGACCGUCGAAGAAGUUGAUUUGUCAAAGGAUUUGAUUGAUUGGGAAGAAAAGCUUAAUGAUGAUGAACGUUUCUUCGUUUCUCGUGUUCUUGCUUUCUUCGCUUCUGCCGAUGGUAUCGUUAACGAGAACUUGGUCCAAAACUUCUGUGACGAAGUGAAGAUUCCUGAGGCUAAGUGUUUCUACGGUUUCCAAAUCAUGAUUGAAAACAUUCACUCCGAAAUGUACUCUCAAUUGAUUGAUACCUAUAUCAAGGAUCCCGUCGAAAAAGAAUACCUCUUCAACGCCAUUGAAACUAUUCCCGUCAUUAAGGAAAAGGCCAAGUGGGCUUUGAAGUGGAUCUCCAACGAAUCCGACCAACCCUUCGGUGUCCGUCUUGUUGCCUUUGCUGCUAUUGAAGGUAUCUUUUUCUCUGGUUCUUUCGCUUCCAUCUAUUGGUUGAAGAAGCGUGGUUUGAUGCCUGGUUUGACUCUUUCCAACGAAUACAUUACUCGUGAUGAAGGUCUCCAUGCCGAUUUCGGUUGUCUCCUUGUUCACCAUUUGCUCAACCCUCCUCCUCAAGAAACCAUCCUCGAAAUCAUUACUGAAGCUGUCGAAAUCGAACAAUCCUUCUUCACUGACUCUCUUCCUGUUCGUUUGAUCGGUAUGAAUGAUAAGUUGAUGUGCCAAUAUGUCCGUUUCGUUGCCGAUCGUCUUUUGGUUUCUCUUGGUUGCCCCAAGCACUACAAUGACCCCAACCCCUUCGAUUUCAUGGAAUUAAUCUCCCUCCAAGGUAAGACUAACUUCUUCGAGAAGCGUGUCUCUGAUUACCAACGUUCCGGUGUCAUGGCCAAUGCCGAAGAACGUAACUUCUCCUUGGAUGCUGAUUUCUAAGCAAGUAAAUCAGUAAUACAUCGCAUCUCUUUUAGCAUUCAUCCCUCCCCUUCCCCCACUCAUCUCUCACACACAUUCUUAACUAUUCUAUCCCAUUUAUCCUUUUUAUAAAUGUCUAUAAACAUUUGUUAUCUAUGUACUUUUAUCAAAUAAACUUUGCCUUGUACCAUUUUUAUACAACAGC